AACCGCCUCCACUCCCACGACCCAUCCUCCCCUUUCCCCCUCCCUUCCUCCCCACUCCUCGACUCCUUCGUCGCCGCUCGCGCCCUUCGCUCCGCUUCUUCGCCAGAAUCUGCCCUUUCACUCUUCCGCUCCCUGCUCUCCCUACCCUCCUUCUCUCCUUUUCCUCACCCGUCCCUCCUUCACUCGCUCUCCCGCCGCCUCCCCAACCUCCUAUUCAUCCUCCCCGACCUCCGUCUCUCGCCCCUUCACCGCCUUCGCCUCCUCGCCGCAGCUGGCGAUCUCUCGUCCGCCCUCGAAACCUUCUCCUCUCUCCGCUCCGAUCCUAAUUCCCGCCGCAGGCAUCAUCGGACCCACCCAUGCACCGAAUCCUACAACCUCAUCAUUGGCCUCCACGCCUCCGCCGGCGCCCACUCGUCCGCCGUCUCCACCUUCUCCCAAAUGCUUGCAGACGGCGCUAUCCCCAACUCGCGAACAUACACCGUCAUCAUCGAUCAUUUAGUACGAGCUAACAAUACAGAUGCCGCCGUGGAGGUCUUCCACCUCCUUCCGUCGAUGCGCGUUCGUCGCACCUGUAAGCAGUAUAACGUUCUCGCCGAAGCCUUCUCCUCCUCUGGCCAAUUCGACCGCCUAUUGAAACUUGUCAAAGAGAUGAACUCCGAUGGCGUCCUCCCAGGCCGCCAAAUGCUUGCCGCCAUUGCUAAGCUUCGCGCCGCUGGAUAUGUUAACCAGACAGAGGAGUUUGUCGGAGAACUGUCCCCAGAUCAAAGAAUUGGUUACGCCUUGGAUUGUGCUAAAGAAGAAGACCACGAAGAGGAAACAGAAGAAGAGGAAGAUGAUGAGCGUGUUAAGCUAAAGCCAUGGAUUGAUCCCGCCGCCCUCGCAAGAGCUCUAGAGGGCUGGGAUCCAGGCGACGUCUCUCUCCUGCAGGCCGCUGGCUUCAUCUGGUCCACUCGGCUCGUCUGCAAGCUGCUGAGAUCGUUCCGCACGGCGAAAACGGCGUGGGAGUUUUUCUGUUGGGUCGCUUACCAGCCCGGCGGAUUCGCUCACGACCGCCAUACUGUUUCCCGGAUGAUCUCCAUCCUCGCCCGCGAUGGCCACGUCGAACUCGUCGACCGCCUCCUUACCAAGCUCCAAUCGGAGGGUAUCCUCCUCCCUUUCGCCACCGUCCGUCUCCUCAUCGACUUCUACGGUCUUUCGAAAAACGCCAACGCCGCCAUCAGAAUCUACCGCAGUGCCGCCUCCAUCUGCGGCCCUCUUUCACGUCUCAACCUCAUGCUCCUAAGCUCAUCUCUGCUCCGCACCGUCGUCAAGUCAGGGAAAGGUCACGACGCCUUGGCUCUACUGGAGGAGAUGAUGAUGGAAGGCAUUCUUCUCGACAUCCAGACGUUUUCGGGCUUGAUGGAAUAUUUUGCAGGUGAAGGCGAUCUGAAGAGCGUACACAGGCUGUUUGGGACGGCGAAGCAGUGUGGGCUGAAGCCAGAUGCGUUUAUGUAUCAGGUGCUGAUCAGGGCUUACUGCAAACACGAGAGGGCGGUGCUUGCGUUGAGGGUGUUCGACGAAAUGCUUAGUUCGGGAUUGCUGCUCAGUCAAGGGACGAAGGGGAUUCUGGUGAAGAGCUUGUGGAAGGAGGGAAAGCUGCGGGAGGCAGCGAUGGUGGAGGAGAAAUGCGAGGAGAUCGGUGAGCUGCCGGCGGCGCAGCCGGGCCAUGUCUGGACUGUGAGUGCUGCUGAUUUUGAUCGAGUGCGAGCUAUUUAUUCUGGCGGGUUUGGAAAUAGCGGGGGUGUAGUAGCCUAGUAGGUUUCUUCUUCAAGGGGAUUUACAUUUGACAAGUAAAUGCUUUUAAUUUUAAUUUUUUUAUUCA